CCGGGUACAAUGUAUGGGCGGAGUGGCAAUUGAAAUAGAAGGCAAAUCGCUUCUUCAGACGAGUUCGUGAAUACUAACAAACGCACCCGCGAUGUAGGAUUUACGGAAGAGGAGUCCCAGGCGUGGCAGUAGAACUUCCGUCUUCUACAGCUGCAAAAUGACUGCGACUCUGCGUCCAUACUUGAAUGCUGUGAGGGCCACUCUGCAGGCAGCCCUUUGCUUGGAGAACUUCUCUUCUCAGGUGGUGGAGCGUCACAACAAGCCCGAAGUAGAAGUCAGAAGCAGCAAGGAACUUUUACUCCAACCUGUAGUGAUCAGCCGUAAUGAUAAGGAGAAGGUUCUUAUAGAAGGAUCCAUCAAUUCUGUCCGUGUCAGCAUCGCUGUCAAACAGGCUGAUGAGAUUGAGAAAAUCCUUUGCCAUAAAUUCAUGCGCUUCAUGAUGAUGAGAGCAGAAAACUUUUUUAUUCUUCGGAGGAAGCCAGUUGAGGGGUAUGACAUCAGCUUUUUGAUCACCAACUUCCACACGGAGCAGAUGUACAAGCACAAGUUGGUGGACUUUGUCAUUCACUUUAUGGAGGAGAUUGACAAGGAGAUCAGUGAGAUGAAACUGUCGGUCAAUGCUCGAGCUCGUAUUGUUGCAGAGGAAUUCCUAAAGAAUUUCUGAAGUUGCCGUUUUCAAAUGAAUCUACCUUAUCUGUAGGAUGUACAAGGGGCCAAAUCUACAAAGGAAUGGAGAAGUGCAAUGGACAAGGGCCAAUCGGUCAGGAUAUGAGAGGAAAACUACUCACCUGGCAAUCCCAAAAUUAGUUUAAAUCUCCAGCAGUUUCCUGUACUCAUGAAUAUCACUGACUGUAUAUAAUGAAAUCUUUAGUUGUUUCAUUUUCUGCUACUUAGAACAAAUCCCCAAAUCAAAGGCGGGUCCUUAAAAGUAUUAAAGUUGAUAGUCAUGUUUACAGGGUUGUUGGGGCUGUGUACAUUGAAAAUAGCCAGGUUUUUGUAUUUUGUCUAUUUUGCCAUUAUUGUCUUAUUUCAAGUAUGUCAACAUGAAAGAAUAUGUGCAGUUAUUGUCAAAGAACAUUUCUGCUAUCUGGUAAAAACAUGUAAGAGAUUUAUGAUUGAAAAUAAAAGUCAAGUGUUUAUAUAUAUAUA